GAAGUAAAUCCAGUCCAAAAAAGUAUCUGGGCUGAGCGUAAAGAACACAGUCAGCUGUGUUUGGAGUUUCCCUCGCUGCUCUAUCGAUUGCUCCAUACAUCAUUAUUCAUAGUGGAGAAGAAACACUAGUGAAUUCUGUCCCGGGUUGUCUGACAGAGACAACUGUCCCAGCCCAAGUAUGGCCCACUCUGCAGCAGGCCUACAGACCCCAUCUGAGGAUGAGUGUCCCAUCUGUAGGAGUACCCUGACGGACCCACAUCACCCUGAUGCCUGUUCUCAUGUGUGAGUAACCUCUUUUUAUUAUCAUAUUCUCUGGUGUUAUAUUGCAGUUUGUAGCCUAAUCUGUAACUUAAUUUGUAGCCAGGUCUUUCUGUUCAAAUUGAGUGAAUGUAAAGUAGAUUCAAUUUUACACAGAAGCUACUCUGUAGCUGUGAACUCCCAGAGCUGAUGGUUGGGUUAUAUCAGUCUCUAACCCCAAAUAGUUCCAAAUAGGUCAUUCUCUCUAAUGAAAUUAUUUCAGUGUAAGGAACUCCCUCAAAUACAUUUUCUAUUAGUUCUCUUUAUUUCUAUGAAUAAAGACCAUCAGCACAGUGCAAAGAAUAGCCUCUUUGUACAAACUCAACAUUUAUGUUUCUCAUUCACAGCGCUUUUCAAUAUUACUUGCGUAAAAUUAUAAACUACUGAGAUGAGCUCAGAUUGUAGACUAAAGUAUAGUUUAGGCAUGUCAGAUUGUCAAAUAUUAUAUGCUAUGAUUUGACCAAUGCCUUCAUACUCUAAGUAAUAAACAGAUUAUUUACUUCCUCCACACUUGCAGUUAAAUAACACUGAGGGGAAUUUUUCCUCACCUCACAAAAAAUACCUGACUAUACCAAAUACUAUACUCAUAGGGGAGAGUGGGAUAACUUGAUUUUUUUAAAACAAUUUACAUCACUCCGUCAAGGGAAAUGUACUAUUCUUUCUACCAAAGAUAUCUACAUAUAUUUCAGGAUGUUGUGUAUACCUGGGAAUAAUCAGAAUUAAUGUACAGUUGAAGUCGAAAGUUUACAUACACUUAGGUUGGAGUCAUUAAUACUCAUUUUUCAACCACUCCACAAAUUUCUUGUUAACAAACUAUAGUUUUGGCAAGUCGGUUAGGACAUCUACUUUGUGCAUGACACAAGUAAUUUUUCCAACAAUUGUUUACAGACAGAUUAUUUCACUUAUAAUUCACUGUAUCACAUUUCUAGUGGGUCAGAAGUUUACAUACACUAAGUUGACUGUGCCUCUAAACAGCUUGGAAAUUUUCAGAAAAUGAUGUCAUGGCUUUAGAAGCUUCUGAUAGGCUAAUUGACAUAAUUUGAGUCAAUUGGAGGUGUACCUGUGGAUGUAUUUCAAGGCCUACCUUCAAACUCAGUGCCUUUUUGCUUGACAUCAUGGGAAAAUCAAAAUAAAUCAGCCAAGUCUGGUUCAUCCUUGGGGGCAAUUUCCAAACGGCUGAAGGUACCACGUUCAUCUGUACAAACAAUAGUACACAAGUAUAAACACCAUGGGACCACGCAGCCGUCAUACCGCUCAGGAAGGAGACGCGUUCUGUCUCCUAGAGAUGAACGUACUUUGGUGCGAAAAGUGCAAAUCAAUCCCAGAACAACAGCAAAGGACCUUGUGAAGAUGCUGGAGGAAACAGGUACAAAAGUAUCUAUAGUGGGGAGAACAAGUAUUUGAUACACUGCCGAUUUUGCAGGUUUUCCUACUUACAAAGCAUGUAGAGGUCUGUAAUUUUUAUCAUAUGUACACUUCAACUGUGAGAGACGGAAUCUAAAACAAAAAUCCAGAAAAUCACAUUGUAUGAUUUUUAAGUAAUUAAUUUGCAUUUUAUUGCAUUACAAAAUAGAUGGCAUCAUGAGGAAGGAAAAUUAUGUGGAUAUAUUGAAGCAACAUCUCAAGACAUCAGUCAGGAAGUUAAAGCUUGGUCGUAAAUGGGUCUUCCAAAUGGACAAUGACCCCAAGCAUACUUCCAAAGUUGUGGCAAAAUGGCUUAAGGACAACAAAGUCAAGGUAUUGGAGUGGCCACCACAAAGCCCUGACCUCAAUUCUAUAGAACAUUUGUGGGCAGAACUGAAAAAGCGUGUGCGAGCAAGGAGGCCUACAAACCUGACUCAGUUACACCAGCUCUGUCAGGAGGAAUGGGCCAAAAUUCACCCAACUUAUUGUGGGAAGCUUGUGGAAGGCUACCCGAAACGUUUGACCCAAGUUAAACAAUUUAAAGGCAAUGCUACCAAAUACUAAUUGAGUGUAUGUAAACUUCUGACCCACUGGGAAUGUGAUGAAAGAAACAAAAGCUGAAAUAAAUAAUUCUCUACUAUUAUUCUGACAUUUCACAUUCUUAAAAUAAAGUGGUGAUCCAAACUGACCUAAGACAGGGAAUUUUUACUAGGAUUAAAUGUCAGGAAUUGUGAAAAACAGAGUUUAAAUGUAUUUGGCUAAGGUGUAUGUAAACUUCCGACUUCAACUGUAAACAUUCCAGUUUUGAAAACAUAGCUUCUGGUCUCUAGGCACAACUUACCCCAGGUAUGUUGAGCCACGGGACAGGGUAAGUUAAGCCGUCUACAAAUGUCUGUACUGAAUGAAAUAUUACCACUACCUUUUUAAAUCCAUGUCUAUCUUUAUUUCCCAAACACAAUUCAACACAAUCACAAUCGCUUUUUUGUCUUUUAAUAAUAUUAAGCAUCUUUUGGCACAGGCUUAACACCUAACAAACACUUUUAACAUAACAACAUGUUACACUUCAAUUUGCCUAACUUCCCUGUGGCUAGACCAUUGGCUUAACUUGACCAAAGACAAACAUUUAGACUAUAUUAGCCCACACAGCUACAAGGAUGCACUAUCAUGCUAGGUUUAGGACCUCAUAUUAAGACUUAUGAAAUGAUGAACUCUUCCUAAAUAUUUGGUCAAAUUAUAAAUGUUGAGUAUAGUUUCCUAGAAACAAAGGUGGCUCAACUUACCACACGCACCCCUAUGUUAAACUCUUGUCUUAAUAGCAAUCAGAAGUAGCCUAUUAGAAUGUGGAUGAGAGUUCUUUAACCUUUCCCUUCCACACUUACGAUCAGUGUAGUCUGGAUUUAUGACAUAGCUGCAGUUAGUCAAUCGCAGCUUCUCACAGAACAGGUUUAAUUCUUCCUGUAAGUGUUUACUUCAUGACUGAAGAAUGUGCCACUUUAUCAAUGGUCAAUAACCAUAGUUGUGCAUGUUGCUUAUGCAUUUCAUUGAAUGAUGCACUGUAAAACUCAAUCUUCUGUUUUGUGUGUGUGUGUGUUCCAGGUUCUGCCGCCAAUGUCUGACCCGUUCUCUAAUGUCGAUACCCCACUGCCCUGUGUGCAGAGCUGAGGCGCGGGUUGAUGACAUCAGGCCUGUCAGAGUCAAGACGAGGGUCAUGGUCAUCAGGUUGGGUCAACCUCUACCAGGCUUGUCAGGGCUUUCCACCCCAGCAACAAGAUCUGUGGCAGGUGACGUCCAGAGGUGAAUGACUUACUGGUCCAGAUACAGCCAAACACACACAGCCAAACACAGCCAAGUACAACAGAACCACAUCGAGACCCUGGGUGUGCAUGACGUAUUUUAGCAUUAAAUUCAGAGGUUUACAAUUCAUGCAUUGACAGUCUCAAUAAUGACCUAAAGGUUGACCAAUUGAAUACUUAAUGUUUCUUUUUUAGCUAUAUCAGACUGCUGCAAAUAGCCUCAAAGACAGAAGGAAGGAGCCUGGCCAAUCAGACCCCAGCUGUCACCACAGCCCCUCCCCCUCCCGCCCCAAGACCCCUCCACAGACCACUCUCUUCCUCCAUCACUCCUCCUGCUCCAACCAAUGAUGUAGACCUAUAUAUGUCUAUGACUCGUAGACCUGCCCCCACAGUCAUUCCAACAGCUGGCACUACUGCACCUACCAGCCCACCUGCCACCCCACCUGCCACCCUACCUACCAUCACUCCUCCUGCCCCAACCAAUGAUGUAGACCUAUAUAUGUCUAUGACUCAAACACCUGGCCCCACAGUCACUCCAACAGGUGCCACUACUCUACCCGCACCUACAACCCCAACUACCAUACCUGCCAUCACACUGACACCUACCAUCAGAUCUAAACCCACCCCCACACCCCGCACCAGGGCUCUCUCCGCCCCAGGACAACAGCCUUUCGCCAUCCCUCAGCACACACCUUCCGCAGCUCAAAGACCCACCUCCAUGCCCUCUACCUCUACCCCUGCUCCCCCAGUACUGGCUGCUCCUCCAUCCCUCUCCUUCACGGAUGAUGGGUAAGUCAAAGUCACCAUUGGUCUGUACGUUUGCAUAAGUGUGCUUGUGUGGUGAUUAGAGUACAUUAGAUUGUUAUACUGCAUAUUUGCUGCUCAUUGUUGACUACUGCAGACUCAUCAUGAGAAACCUGAUCAUGUUCUAUUUUCAGUGACUUGUAUGAAAACUUGCCGGGCCUGCAAGGCCAGUUAGCGAGGUAAGAAUGUAUCGGUUAAGAGUGAAUAUUUACCCUUGUCUUCAAGAUAUACAACUACAGUAUUACAUUUUUAUUUUCCUCUCCAACGCUCACUCUGUGUCUGUCUCUGUCUGUCUGUCUCUCAAUCUCUGUCUGUCUCUCACUCUCUGUCUGUCUGUCUGUCUCUCACUCUCUGUCUGUCUGUCUGUCUCUCACUCUCACUCUGUCUGUCUGUCUGUCUGUCUGUCUGUCUGUCUGUCUGUCUGUCUGUCUGUCUGUCUCUCACUGUCUGUCUGUCUCUCACUCUCUGUCUGUCUGUCUCUCACUCUCUCUGUCUGUCUCUCUCUGUCUGUCUGUCUGUCUGUAUUUCACUCACUGUCUGUCUGUCUGUCUGUCUGUCUGUCUGUCUGUCUGUCUGUCUGUCUGUCUGUCUGUCUGUCUGUCUGUCUGUAUCUCACUCUCUGUCUGUCUGUCUGUCUGGAUCUCACUCUAUCUGUCUGUCUGUCUGGAUCUCACUCUAUCUGUCUGUCUGUCUGGAUCUCACUCUAUCUGUCUGUCUGGAUCUCACACUCUGUCUGUCUGUAUCUCACUCUCUGUCUGUCUGUCUGUCUGGAUCUCACUCUAUCUGUCUGUCUGGAUCUCACACUCUGUCUGUCUGUUCCCUCUGUCUGUCUGUCUGUCUGUCUGUCUGUCUGUCUGUCUGUCUGUCUGUCUGUCUGUCUGUCUGUAUCUCACUCUCUGUCUGUCUGUCUGUCUGUCUGUCUGUAUCUCACUCUGUCUGUCUGUAUCUGUCUGUAUCUGUCUCUCUGUCUCUGUCUGUCUGUCUGUCUGUCUGUCUGUCCUGUCUGUCUGUCUGUAUCUCACUCUCUCUGUCUGUCUGUCUCUAUCUCACUCUCUCUCUGUCUGUCUGUCUGUAUCUCACUCUCUCUGUCUGUCUGUCUGUAUCUCACUCUCUCUCUGUCUGUCUGUCUGUAUCUCACUCUGUCUGUCUGUCUGUCUGUAUCUCACUCUCUCUGUCUGUCUGUCUGUAUCUCACUCUCUCUGUCUGUCUGUCUGUAUCUCACUCUCUCUGUCUGUCUGUCUUUAUCUCUCUGUCUGUCUGUAUCUCUCUCUCUCUCUGUCUGUCUGUCUCACUCUCUCUCUUUCUGUCUGUCUGUCUGUCUGUCUGUCUGUCUGUCUGUCUCACUCUCUGUCUGUCUGUCUGUCUGUAUCUCUCUCUCUCUCUGUCUGUCUGUCUGUCUCGAUCUCACUCUCUGUCUGUCUGUCUGUCUCGAUCUCACUCUCUCUCUGUCUGUCUCUAUCCCACUGUCUGUCUGUCUGUGUCUGUCUGUCUCUAUCUCACUCUCUGUCCGUCUGUCUGUCUCUCACUCUCUGUCUGUCCGUCUGUCUCUCACUCUCUGUCUGUCCGUCUGUCUGUCUCUCACUCUCUGUCUGUCUGUCUGUCUGUCUCUCACUCUGUCUGUCUGUAUGUCUCUCACUCUGUCUGUCUCUCACUCUCUCUGUCUGUCUGUCUCUCACUCUCUCUGUCUGUCUCUCACUCUCUCUGUCUGUCUGUCUCUCACUCUCUCUCUGUCUGUCUGUCUGUCUGUCUCUCUGUCUGUCUGUAUUUCACUCUCUCUCUGUCUGUCUGUCUGUAUCUCACUCUCUGUCUGUCUGUCUGUCUGUCUGUCUGUCUGUCUGGAUCUCACUCUCUGUCUGUCUGUCUCUCUGUCUGUAUCUCACUCUCUGUCCGUCUCUCUGUCCGUCUCUCUGUCCGUCUCUCUGUCUGUCUGUCUCUCACUCUGUCUGUCUCUCACUCUCUCUGUCUGUCUCUCACUAUCUGUCUGUCUGUAUCUCACUCUGUCUGUCUGUCUGUCUGUAUCUCACUCUGUCUCUGUCUGUAUCUCACUCUCUGUCUGUCUGUAUCUCACUCUCUGUCUGUCUGUCUGUCUCUCACUCUCUGUCUGUCUGUCUUGAUCUGUCUGUCUAUCUGUCUGUCUGUAUCUCACUCUCUCUGUCUGUCUGUAUCUCACUCUCUCUGACUGUCUGUCUCUCACUCUCUGUCUGUCCGUCUGUCUCUCACUCUCUGUCUGUCCGUCUGUCUCUCACUCCUUCUGUCUGUCUGUAUGUCUCUCACUCUGUCUGUCUCUCACUCUCUCUGUCUGUCUGUCUGUCUCUCACUCUCUCUGUCUGUCUCUCACUCUCUCUGUCUGUCUGUCUCUCACUCUCUCUCUGUCUCUCUGUCUGUCUGUCUCUCUGUCUGUCUGUAUUUCACUCUCUCUCUGUCUGUCUGUCUGUCUGUAUCUCACUCUCUGUCUGUCUGUCUGUCUGUCUGUCUGUCUGUCUGUCUGUCUGUCUGUCUGUCUGUCUGUCUGUCUGUCUGUCUGUCUGUCUGUCUGUAUCUCACUCUCUGUCUGUCUGUCUGGAUCUCACUCUCUCUGUCUGUCUGUCUGUCUGUCUGGAUCUCACUCUCUCUGUCUGUCUGUCUGGAUCUCCUCUCCGGUCUGUUCUGUCUGUCUCUCACUCCUGUCUGUCUGUCUGUAUCUCACUCUCUGUCUGUCUGUCUGUAUCUCACUCUCUGUCUGUCUGUCUGUCUCUCACUCUCUGUCUGUCUGUCUGUCUCUCACUCUCUGUCUGUCUGGCUGUCUCUCACUUUCUGUCUGGCUGUCUUUCACUCUCUGUCUGGCUGUCUCUCACUCUCUGUCUGUCUCUCUGUCUGUAUCUCACUCUCUGUCUCUCUAUCUGUCUGUCUGUCUCUCACUCUGUCUGUCUGUCUGUAACUCACUCUGUCUCUGUCUGUAUCUCACUCUGUCUCUGUCUGUAUCUCACUCUGUCUCUGUCUGUAUCUCACUCUCUGUCUGUCUGUCUCUCACUCUCUGUCUGUCCGUCUGUCUCUCACUCUCUGUCUGUCCGUCUGUCUGUCUCUCACUCUCUGUCUGUCUGUCUGUCUGUCUCUCACUCUGUCUGUCUGUAUGUCUCUCACUCUGUCUGUCUCUCACUCUCUCUGUCUGUCUGUCUCUCACUCUCUCUGUCUGUCUCUCACUCUCUCUGUCUGUCUGUCUCUCACUCUCUCUCUGUCUGUCUGUCUGUCUGUCUCUCUGUCUGUCUGUAUUUCACUCUCUCUCUCUGUCUGUCUGUCUGUAUCUCACUCUCUGUCUGUCUGUCUGUCUGUCUGUCUGUCUGGAUCUCACUCUCUGUCUGUCUGUCUCUCUGUCUGUAUCUCACUCUCUGUCCGUCUCUCUGUCCGUCUCUCUGUCCGUCUCUCUGUCUGUCUGUCUCUCACUCUGUCUGUCUCUCACUCUCUCUGUCUGUCUCUCACUAUCUGUCUGUCUGUAUCUCACUCUGUCUGGUCUGUCUGUCUGUAUCUCACUCUGUCUCUGUCUGUAUCUCACUCUCUUCUUCUGUAUCUCACCUCUGUCUGUCUGUCCUGUCCUUCUCACUCUCGUCCUCCUGUCUGUCUGUCUCUCACUGUCUGUCUGUCGUCUCCGCACUGUUCUGUCCUGUCCUCUCACUGUCCCCCUCCUGUCUGUCUGUCUGGAUCCUCACUCUCUGUCUGUCUGUCUUGAUCUGUCUGUCUAUCUUGUCCUGUCUGUAUCUCACUCUCUCUGGCUGUCUGUAAUCUCACUCUCUCUGACUGCUCCUGUCCUCUCACUCUCUGUCUGUCCGUCUGUCUCUCACUAUGUCUGUCCGUCUGUCUGUCUCUCACUCUCUGUCUGUCUGUCUGUCUGUCUGUCUGUCUCUAACUCUGUCUGUCUGUAUGUCUCUCACUCUGUCUGUCUCUCACUCUCUCUGUCUGUCUGUCUGUCUCUCACUCUCUCUGUCUGUCUCUCACUCUCUCUGUCUGUCUGUCUCUCACUCUCUCUCUGUCUCUCUGUCUGUCUGUCUCUCUGUCUGUCUGUAUUUCACUCUCUCUCUGUCUGUCUGUCUGUCUGUAUCUCACUCUCUUCUGUCUGUCUGUCUGUCUGUCUGUCUGUCUGUCUGUCUGUCUGUCUGUAUCUCACUCUCUGUCUGUCUGUCUGUCUCGAUCUCACUCUCUCUGUCUGUCUGUCUGUCUGUCUGGAUCUCACUCUCUCUGUCUGUCUGUCUGGAUCUCACUCUCUGUCUGUCUGUCUGUAUCUCACUCUCUGUCUGUCUGUCUGUAUCUCACUCUCUGUCUGUCUGUCUGUAUCUCACUCUCUGUCUGUCUGUCUGUCUCUCACUCUCUGUCUGUCUGUCUGUCUCUCACUCUCUGUCUGUCUGGCUGUCUCUCACUUUCUGUCUGGCUGUCUUUCACUCUCUGUCUGGCUGUCUCUCACUCUCUGUCUGUCUCUCUGUCUGUAUCUCACUCUCUGUCUCUCUAUCUGUGCUGUGUCUCUCACGCUGUCUGUCUGGUCUGUAACUCACUCUGUCUCUGUCUGUAUCUCACUCUGUCUCUGUCUGUAUCUCACUCUGUCUCUGUCUGUAUCUCACUCUCUGUCUGUCUGUCUCUCACUCUCUGUCUGUCUGUCUCUCACUGUCUGUCUCUCACUCUCUGUCUGUCUCGUCACUCUCUGUCUGUCUGUCUUGAUCUGUCUGUCUGUCUAUCUGUCUGUCUGUAUCUCACUCUCUCUGUCUGUCUGUAUCUCACUCUCUCUGACUGUCUGUCUCUCACUCUCUGUCUGUCUCUCACUCUCUGUCUGUCUGUCUGUCUCUCACUGUCUGUCUGUCUGUCUGUCUGUCUCUCUCACUCUGUCUGUCUGUCUGUCUGUCUGUCUGUCUCUCUCACUCUCUCUGUCUGUCUGUAUCUCACUCUCUGUCUGUCUGUAUCUCACUGUCUUUCUGUCUGUAUCUCACUCUCUGUCUGUCUGUCUCUCACUCUCUGUCUGUCUGUCUGUCUGUCUCUCACUCUGUCUGUCUGUCUGUCUGUCUCUCACUCUUUCUGUCUGUCUAUCUGUCUGUGUCUCACUCUGUUCUCUGUCUGUCUGUCUGUCUCUCACUCUCUCUGUCUGUCUGUCUGUCUCUCACUCUCUCUGUCUGUCUGUCUGUCUCUCACUCUCUCUGUCUGUCUGUCUGUCUCUCUCACUCUGUCUGUCUGUCUGUCUGUCUCUCACUCUGUCUGUCUGUCUCUCACUCUGUCUGUCUGUCUCUCUGUCUCUCUGUCUGUCUGUCUGUAUCUCACUCUCUUUGUCUGUCUGUCUGUAUUUCACUCUCUCUAUGUCUGUCUGUAUCUCACUCUCUGUCUGUCUGUCUCUCUGUCUGUCUGUCUGUCCUGUCUGUUAAAUCUCACGUCUGUGGUUCUGUAUCUCACUCUCUGAACUCCCCUGUCUGCUGUCUGUAAAAUCUCAACCCACUCUCUGUCUUCUGUCCUGGUAAUCUCACUCUCUUGUCUGUCCCUGUCUGUCUGUUUAUCUCACUGUCUGUCUUGUCUAGAUCUCACUCUCCCUGUUCCUGUGGGUCUGUCUGUUCUGUCUGUAUCUCCACUCCUCUGUUCUCUCUGUCUGUCUGGCUGCAUCUCACUCGGUCUGUUAAUCUUCACUCCUGACUCUCUGUCUGUUCCCUUAAUCACUCUUUCUGUCCUGUCCUGUCCUUGUCCUGUCUCUCUUCACUCAACGCUGUCCUGUCCUGUCCUGUCUGUUUCUGUCUGUCUGUCUGUCUCUCCCACUCUCUCUGUCUGGUCGUAAAUCUCACUCUCUGUCUGGUCUGUAUCUCACUGUCUUUCUGUUCCUGGUAUCUCCAACUCUCCUGUCCUGUCUGUAUCUCACUCUCUGUCUGUCUGUAUUUCACUCUCUGUCUGUCUGUAUCUCACUGUCUUUCUGUCUGUAUCUCACUCUCUGUCUGUCUGUAUCUCACCUCUCUGUCCUGUCUGUGUUUCAACUCCUGUCCUGUCUGUAUCUCCAACUCUCCUGUCCUGUCCUCGAUCUCAAUCCUGUGCUGUCUGGUCUGUAAAUCUCUCUGUCUGUCUGUCUAUCUCACUCUCUGUCUGUCUGUAUCUCACUCUCUGUCUGUCUAUAUCACUCUCUGUCUGUCUGUCUGUAUCUCACUCACUGUCUGUCUGUAUCUCACUCUGUCUGUCUGUCUGUCUGUCUGUCUGUCUGUCUGUCUGUCUGUCUGUCUGUCUGUCUGUCUGUCUGUCUUUAUCUCACUCUCUGUAUGUGUCUGUCUGUAUCUCACUCUCUCUCUCUGUCUGUCUGUCUGUAUCUCACUCUCUGUAUGUGUCUGUCUGUCUGUAUCUCACUCUCUCUCUCUGUCUGUCUGUCUCCAUCUCACUCUCACUCUGUCUGUCUGUCUCUCUGUCUCUCUGUCUGUCUGUUUCUACCCUCUCUCUGUCUGUCUGUCUGUCUGUCUGUCUGUCUGUCUCCAUCUAACUCUCUCUCUCUCACUGUCUGUCUCUGUCUGUCUGUCUCUGUCCGUUUCUCACUCUCUCUCUCUCUGUCUCUCUGUCGGUCUGUUCUCCCGCUCUCUCUCUCUCAGUUCUGUGAUGAGGAUGACGUUUGUCUGUCCGUACUGCCAGGAGAGUGGUCUGGAUGAGAGGGAUCUGUGGGUUCACUGCAAUGGCAAGCAUCAGUAUGACAACAGGCCCGUGGUCAGUGAUAUAUCUGUUAUAAAUCGCUAUAAAGCUGUCAGUUGUGUCAUCAGUUACUCUCAAUCACUGGGUCUCAAACAUGAGUUUAUUCAAUUAAAUGUUUAUUUAACCAAGAUAGUCCACUUAGUAACACGUGUCACUGCCUCCAGGGAUUCCUCGUCCAUAGUCUCUACUCCUAGGGAGUUGUUGGCCACUUGGGCUGAAACUUUGUUGCUCUGAGUGAUUGUUGCUCUCUGGCAUCCUCUAGGUGUGUCCAGUGUGUGCCUCUCUGCCUCACGGUAAUCCAAACCAAAUCAGCAGGGACUUCAUCAUACAUUUGAACCUGAGACACUGCUACUAUACCAAGGACUACACGGUAGGCUACACACAUACACACACACACACACACACAGACACACACACACACACACACACAGACACACACACACACUAAUAAGAUGUUUCUUUGGUCCACAGAACAUCAAUCAAACCGACACGUUGAACUUGCAAGAUGCCAUUAUUGAGUCUCUCCGGGAUGCCAACCUGAAUCCCAGAUGAAUAUCAGAUACAACAUCAAUAAUCUAGCAAUAUAGCAAUAACACACUCAUCAUGAUUUGUAUAUUUUGAUGCUAAAGCUGCUCACAGAAGCCUUUGUAAAAAUGGCAAUGUUGUCGAACAUGUUGAUUGUUGCAGCUGUUCUUUUCUUCCUUUUGAAUGUAUAAAAUCAUGCCCUGUUUACUGCAUCUAUCGAAUGUAUCAACUAUAAUGGAUCUUUUCGAUAUCAGCUUUGAUAUACUUUUUCAUAUAUUUAAUAUCCUUGUAUAUUCUUGACAUAGAAUGACUAUAAUAAAGAAUAUUGAAAUCAAAC